AUGUCGCACAACCCGUUUGAUUAUGUGUCAGAUGACGACUUAUUUGACGAUGUAGAUACGGUAAAUCCAACUACAUCAGAAGUGAACCAAAGUUACCACUCAACCAUACCUACUGGAAGACUGGCUUCACUGAGUGGUGGAAGUCUGCUUCUGGGUAACUCUAGGCGAGGACAUUUCAGUACUCAAAGACCCAAAGGUUUGAGAUACCCAACAGGCUCAUCAUUUGGAACAAUUGUAAGUAAUACCUUCGAUGAGAAAUACCACAAUAACAAAUAUCACGAUGAUGAUGAUGAUGAUGAUGAUGAUGGUGAUAACGACAACAAUAUGUUUGACUAUGAUGCUCCCAAGAGGGAAAAGACAGUAUCCUUCAAGAAUGAUUUGAAAUACCCACCCCUCGCAUACAAUCCAGGCUUGGAUAAUCCAUUUUAUGAAAAUUAUGAAGACUAUGGUACAGAUCAUGACGGCUUGGUUUACAAUAUGAACCACCCUUCAUUCUCUACCGGCGAAGAUUACCUUAUCAAUCCACUUGUUGAUGCGGAAUAUGAAGAUGAUGAGGAUUUUGACUUCUGUGGUGAUGACGAUAGUUUGUUUUCACGAGACGGCGAUGACAUUUUGAGAAGAAACACCACUUUAAACAGAGGAAGAAUUGGUAACUCAAUCAAAAAGACCAAAAGCCGAGGAUCAACAAUUACAUUUGAUGAUGAUAUUGAUGAAAAAGGUUAUAAUUUAAAAUAUACCAAGACCAUCAAAAAGGCUAGACUCAUCAAUGGUAACUAUAUUAUUGAUGCACCAGCUCCAAAGGCUUUACUCGAUACCUAUUGUAAAAAAGUGGGCGAUAUUGGAAGAGAAAUGUCCUUUUUGAGGUAUACUGCCGCCACUUGUGGACCAUCCAAUUACAUCAAAUACAAAUACAACUUGCGUCAAGCACUUUAUGAACCACGUCGAGAAACUGAAAUUAUGGUUUGUAUCACCAUGUAUAACGAGGAUGAAAUCCUUUUGGCGAGGACAUUAAAGGGUAUAUUUGACAAUAUAGCAGAUUUGAAAAAGCGGUCUGAUUCAACUUGGGGGGAUGAUUCUUGGAAAAAAGUUGUUGUUUGUAUUGUUAGUGAUGGAAGAAUCCACUUGAACAAGAGAACGCAAAUUCUUUUAUCGGCACUUGGCUUGUUUCAAGAUGGUUAUGCUAAAUCAAAAAUCAAUGAUAAACCAGUGAAAGCACAUAUUUAUGAGUAUACAUCCACUGUUGGGAUAGACACCAUUAAUGAUCAUGUUCACUUAACUCCCAACUCAAUGCCGGUACAAUUCUUAUUUUGUCUCAAGGAAAAAAACGCUAGAAAGAUUAACUCGCAUCGUUGGUGUUUUCAAGCUUUUGCACCCAUAUUGAACCCCAAGGUGGUGAUGUUGUUAGAUUGUGGUACCAAACCAUCAAAAGAUGCAUUUUAUUAUCUUUGGCGUGCAUUCAAGGACCCCAAUGUUGCUGGCGCUUGUGGUGAAAUGAGAGCCUCGUUGGGAACUGGUAAACGAUUGUUGGCAAACCCAUUGGUUGCAGCACAAAACUUUGAAUACAAGAUAUCAAAUAUUUUGGAUAAACCAAUGGAAAGCGUGUUUGGUUUCAUCUCGGUAUUACCGGGCGCCUUCAGUGCUUAUCGAUACGAGGCUCUUUUGAACAUUAAUGGGAAAGGUCCCUUGGAGAAAUAUUUCAAGGGGGAGUAUUUGGAUUUAAACAGUCAAAUUAAUGACCCUGAAGAUGAUGAAAAAGAGAUUAAAGAACGCAACUUCCAAGAAGCCGGUAUCUUUACGUCCAACAUGUAUUUAGCCGAGGAUAGGAUUCUUUGUUUUGAAUUGGUUGCCAAGAGGAAUCACAAGUACAUGUUGAGAUACGUCAAGGAAGCAAAAGCCGAGACUGAUGUUCCCGAAAGCAUUGACGAGUUUGUUUUACAAAGAAGAAGAUGGUUGAAUGGAUCAUUGUUUGCCGCAGCUUAUGCCGUGUUUCAUUGGACAAAACUCUGGCGAUCAAAUCAUUCACUUUUACGGAAAUUGUUUAUGCAAUUGGAGUUUUAUUAUCAGUUGGUUACACUUUUAGUGUCGUGGUUUUCAUUGGCUUCAUUCUUUCUUGUGUUUAGAAUUUUGACUGCCAAUUUGGGGGCAAAGGAUAUGCAUUUCGAGACUGGUAAGUAUUUGGCAAUAAUUUUCCUAUGGAUAUAUGUUGGGUCCGUUGUUUGUACAUUUGUUUUGGCAUUUGGAAACACCCCACGUGGGACAAGAAAGUUUUAUCAGGUGAUUGCCUACUUGUUUGCAGUUAUGAUGGCGUAUUUGAUAUUUGCAGCCAUCUUUCUCGCUGUUCAUACUGCACAAGCAAUCAUCAAGGAUCACAAGCAUGAUUUCACAGCGUCGAUGGUAUUCACCAAUACCAAGUUUAGAGAUCUUGUUGUGUCAGUGGUUUCUACAUACACAUUGUAUUUUGUCGGUGCUUUUAUGUAUGGUGAGCCAAGCUUUAUGUUUACGUCAUUUGUUCAAUACGUUUUGUUGUCCCCAACCUAUGUCAAUGUACUCAAUAUCUAUUCAUUUUGCAAUAUUCAUGAUGUUUCAUGGGGUACAAAGGGUGUCGAGAGAGCAAAAGACUUGGGCUCAGCCAAAUCCGUGGGUGAAGACAAGGAUAAUAUCUUGUUGAUUGCUCCCGAUACUACUGAAGGUCUCAAUGAUACAUAUUUAGAUAAAGUUGAACAACUUCGAAGCAUGCCCCCAGAAGAAGUUGACAUUGUCAAAUCAAGACUGAUUAAAGAUGACUCUUAUUAUGCAUUUGUUCGUACAAUUACCGUGUUGGUGUGGAUGCUUACCAAUGCCAUAUUGAUUGCCAUUGUUUUGGAUGCUGCUGGAGUUGACUUGCUUUCAAAUAGGUCAUCGACAAACCCAGACGGGUCUAUCUCAGGUAACUCUGAGGUGUUUUUAACGAUUAUCUUGUGGAUUGUUGCUGGAAUGGCAGCAUUUAGAUUUAUUGGUGCAGUGAUUUACUUGAUUUUAAAGGAGUUUAGACCAUUGAAAUGGAAAUGGAGAGCUCUGAGGGAAAACAAACGAAUGAGAAGUCAAGAGUAG